UGGAUACCAAUCUUGCAUCAUGAAUUCAGGGUGCUUUUUUCCCUUCAAAAGAGACCAGAAAAUUAGGUGCAUUGCCAGCAUCUGAUGCCUUUCUUAUUUCUCUCUUCACUUUCCCCUCUUAGCGUGCUUUGCAUGUUUUUCUCCAUAAGUUCAUCCCCUCAAAUUUUUUAUUAUCUCAAACUUAAGUUCCCGUGCCCAGACUUCUGAUACCUAUAAAUAACAGCACACACGAACCAUUUCUCAUUGUGUCCAAUUCCUAGGUUCCUUCAUUGAUUCUAGGAUAGACUCUCUACCUCAAACUAUUCCUUGUGAUUAAUUAUGGCAGCACAACCUACUCGUCCUUGGUUUCGACUAAGCUCCAUGGUGCGGCCAGCCCCGGCACCAACCCCAGCCCCUGCACCAGCCCCGACUCCUGCACCAGCCCCGGCACCCACCCCGGCACCAACCCCUGCCCCUGCACCUGCGGUUCGACCAACAUUGAGGCCGCUAGCUCCUCCUCCUCCUGCUGAACCCACUCCACCACCACCAGCGGUCCGAGCUCCAACUCCGCCAGCACCAGCAGCACCAACUCCAACUCCACCGCCACCAGCGGUCCGAGCUCCAACUCCGCCCGCACCAGCAGCCCCAACUCCAACUCCACGGCCACUAGCAGCCCCAACUCCAACUCCACGGCCAUCUGCUGUGGCACCCCCACCGGUUGCUGCUGCUCCAGCACCACCUUUGGCUAUGACGAGUUCUACUGCAUCAGUUCCAUCGUCCCCAGCUCGUGGCGUUAGUUCUGCUCCCUCAGCAGCAUCCCCUCCUGCAACUGCAAUUGCCAUCACAUCCUCUUCAUCAGUACCAUCAUCUCCUGGAAAGGUAGCCCCAUCCUCUACAUCAGGGGUGCCAUCUCCUACAAGCAGGGUCACUACUUCAGUGUCCGACUAUCCAGCUACCUCCAGAGCAGUACCACCACCACAGACUUCUCCUCCAAAACCCGCAGCCGCUACAAUUUCAGUGCCACGACAAACUUAUUCUCCGCCUAAACCCAGAAGCACAACCAUUUCAUUACCCAGUACUGCUCGGGAGCCUAGUCCCAGUUACAUUCCGCCUUCCAGAACCCUUAAGCCGGUGAAUAAUACCCCACCUCAGUCGCCUAGCAGGCCCAAACCUACUGCCCCGCCACCCUCUCCUCUCAAACUGCCACCAUCUCAGUUAAGGUCCAGCACUGCAGAUCAAACUGAUCAAAGGAUUCCAUUAGAGGCUGAGCAGAAGACGGUGCUGGUCCAAAAGACCAUUGAUCAAAAGCCGACUUCCUGGUUCAGUACUGGAGUCUCAAAGCAGGAUCAUGACUCUACUCGUGAGUCCCAAAGGCCUGGCAAUCAUGCCCACCAUGCAAAGCAAGAAGAGAAAAUCACCAAGAAGAAGUUAUCAUCUGAUUCUGAGGAGGCUUCAGGCAUGAGGGUCAUAACUCUUGCAGGUGAUAACAAAGGGGCUUUUAUGGAACUCAUGCGAUCCCCUAAUAAACAUCAUGAGCAACGUGGGGAGCAUUCUCAUUAUCUUUUCAAGAAAGGCCACAAUGGUAAGUCGGCACAGACAGUUGGGAGUCAUGAAUCUGAUAAAAGCAGCAGCAGCAGUGGUGAGGAAGGCAAGCCAAAAAUGAAGGACAAAAGUCACCACAAAGGAAUUAAGGCAGGGAGCUCAUCACAGCUGCCUCUGAGUUCAUUCACAAACAGCAAUGUUCAAGGUAUCAACAACUCCAUUGUGUACAACAGUUCCUGCACUCACCACGACCCGGGCGUGCACCUUGCUCUCACUAGGAAGCCCAAUGGGGAUGGAUUCGAUGUCAAGAGCCAUGUCAACGGCCGACAAAGUUAAGUGAGAGACAAAAAGCACAACAACACACAACUGAGAAUCGAUCAAAGGAGAACUGUUAAACGGUUUUAAUUAAUUACUUUCAUGUUUUUGGAUUUAUUAGGCUACUAUAUAACUUGUGAUGAGAGAAUAAAAUAUGAGUGAUAUUAUAUGUAAGUGUUGGAAAAAGGGGGCAUAUAUGGGUUCUGAUUCUUCAGCUUCAAUUCCACUCCUAGUUGGAUGUGACUGAAGAUUCUUGAUCGCCUUGUUUCCUAAUAAAAAGGGUCUAUGGCCUGUUUAUUAUGCAGUGCUAGAUCAAUACCACAAAAGGGAACUUGUAUCUUUUCUUAUUAAUACUACUACUGCAGCCUAAAUUUGAUUCAGAAACUCAUGACACAUUUCAUCCACCACCAUCCGGGCAUUUCAUCAUUACUAUAAUAUUGCAACGUUUCUGAGCAAACAGCAAAUCUAAAGUGCGAAACUUGAACAAUGAAUAACAGGCUUCAGAAGUAGACUCACUUUGGUUCCUUGCUUUGGUUUUUGAGCAUCAUUUAUUGGUUUCAGCAGAGACGGGCACGGAUCAGGAGAGGCUUCUCCGAGAAACAAGAACUUGGUCACGGGCAUGGUAUCACAUAAAGUUGGGUUCUUGAUUGGAUUGGAGUUGGACCCAGAAGAACCUCGGAGGAGUUGCUUGUUUCCUCGGAAAAGUGUGGGGCCCCGGGAGAAAAGGAGAAAGAGUAUGAUGUGAGGUGAAAAGACGGUUGUGCCCUCGAGUGCUACUGUAGCUAUCCAGACGCGGGGUGGGGAAUAGAAGAGGAGGGGGAUUCAAGAUUGUGGUGAGACUUUGGGUUUUUCCAUUUUUGCAUUGAGUAUAAGCUGUGCAUCGAGUUAGAAUUGCUCUGGGUUCUUAAUAUAUCCAGGUAACCUUCAGAUUCCAUCAAACUUUUUCUGUAUCACCCAUUACUGUUUGAAAUCUACAAAUGAUUUGGUGGCUGGUAUUGGAAGUCUUAGCUUUACCCAUCUAAGGAAAUAGUACCAAUUUGGUUGUCAUCUCAUUAUUUCUGAUCAAGUUGUUUUCUUUCUGAAGCUUCCUUUAGGCAUCGAAAUCGUAUGCUUUAUGGUCUGAUGUUCUGAAAAAGUGCAGUCUUGGCCAAAUGCUGCAUAUGGCUUAAUGUUAUGAAAGAAGCAGGAAAGAGUGUAAAGAUUCCUCCUUUUGGUUGGUGUUGGCCUUCACCGAGAAAUUCUUUAAGAUCAUAGUUACGUUGGGGUUGAAGAAUAGGGGACUUGAUCAGGGUCUGUCUAUGCUGCCAUUUGUUCCAAUUUAAUGUAGUUUGUCUGUCUUUAAUUCAGGGUUUAGUACUCUACAUUCGUGAUAGUAUUACAAGUGAUGAAUAAAAGUUGGAAUAGUGAUUCUAUAUCUCUUUUGGUGUUUGAGGUAGAGGUGUGCAUGUAGGAAUCAAACUUCAAAUAUGGACCGGCCUUGCUCGCCUCUACGACAAGGGGUCUCAGUCAACUCUACACCUUGAAAACCCUACUUCUCUUAACUGUGAAUGAGGAGACAUUCUGCUUAUUCUUUGCUUUGGAGUUGGGGUAGGAUAGAGUGAAUGGAGAAAAGCAUGUACAACAACUGUGGUUUCUGUUAAUGCACGACCUGCUACUGCUGUCCAAAGACUGCAGCAGAAUCCUUUGUACAGUGUCCAUAGAAAUAAUUUGCCCUCCUUUUCUAUGCAAGUAUUGUGUUAGUAGAUACCUCCAAAAUAAAGUGAAAACUUAUUUUUGGUUUCGGAAAAAAUCAUUGAAGUAAUAUAAGAAUACAGGUUUAUGUUUGAGAUCGUGCUGCAGCAAAUGUAGCUAUAUAUAUAUAUUCCACAACGUGUUUUUUUCUCUUCUUUUUUCAUCUAUUUGUGCAGCUUAGUGAUGUGGUGAAACCUGUCUGAGCUGGCAUCUCUCUUAUUAGAUAUUGUUUGAAUAAAUUGAUUGUUUAUUAGUUGAGACAAUGAUAGAGGAAAACAGGACAUAAAUUAUAAUGCCCGCUUAAAGUCACUAUCUGAACUCUAUAUUGUCAAUCAAGGGUUCUGUGAUAAGUUGUGAAAAGGAUUCUGUGUGUGCACCGGAACAUAUAAUAUAUAUAUAUAUAUAUAUAUAUAUAUAUAUAUAUAUAUAUACGGGUGGGUUCUGAAGCGGACGGCCGCACUUCGCUAAAGUGCGGAGUUUCAGGCGGCGAUGGCGGCUCGGGGCUUGCCGGACGGAGGCUGGAGGCAUCCCAGGCCGUUCUGGGCAGCGAUCGAGGUCGGAGGAGGUCGAGGUUGCAGGUUUAUGGGCAACGAAGUGGAAAUCAUGUAAAUAAAAUGGAAAAGAGAUCCAGAAAAUCAUGUAAAUAAAGUGGAAAAGAGGCCUAACUUAUGUUACUUAAUGCAAUAAAUAUGUUCUUUUUUCCACACAACACUAGCAUGGGCAUGCAGACUUACUGGAAGGAUAUGCACUGAGCAUCAAGGGAAGAGCAUUAGAAAGGGGUACGGUUGAAGGAGCUUUUGGUCUCUUCUGCAUCUGGGAGCUCCAAGGGGAAGGACACUACAAUCAGGGAUGAAGUUUCAGUGCUAUGCAACCAUGAAAUACUUUGGAUAUUACCCUGCAUUGACACCUGAUGAGGUCAAGGAGCGGGUAGCACUAGCAAGGAAGGCACAAAAAACAUAGGCAAAGACGCAUGUUUCUUCGGAUUACUCUCAAGUAUAUAAUAGAACACCCAUACCUUAUAUUCGUCUAAUCUAAAUUGCCAGUGUGAUCCAGAUUUCUAUAAUCAGUGGAUUGCUUCUCUUUUCUACAGUCGUAUAAGGAGGAUUGAGAGGUUUAGGGUCGAAGAGAUAGAGACAGAGAGACAGAAAUCGGGUGUGUUUCUUUGCUUUGCACGAAGAGAUAGAGAGAGAUCAGUGGCAAGUUCUCACCUCAUCAUCUGAAAUCGGAGGUGUUUAAUUCAGAAAUUGGAGGUGUUUUUGGAGUAAUAGAAGGGAUUGUGGUGUUCUGAAUUGUGGCUUUGGUGGGUUUGGCGAGAGUGAGGAUCGCAGAUUCUAUGCAAAGAAGUUUUGCUGUGAUUUUUGUGCCACUGUUCCUUUGUCUGUUAUUUACUAUUUAGUGCUAUUUCAGGCUACUAUUUCUAUUCAGAUUCUGUGAACAGUCUGGCAUUGAAUUUUUCAACUGGUUUAAAUUCAGUGAUGGCAGAUUUAGAAGAUCAUAAUGCAGGAGGUCAACGUACUAAAAAAAAAACGCAGAGAAUGCCUUAUGAUCAAACUUCUGCUGCUGUUUCUGAUAUGAACACACAUCACACAUUGUGAAAUUAGAUCAAGAAAACGGAGACCAAAUUGUCAAAGAAGAUCAACAAGGUGGAAAGAAGUGUCUCAACCUCUGGUGAUCAAAGAGAAUCAGAGUUUUUGCUGUAGGACCAAGUGAUGUAAAGAAAACAAAACAAUACAUCAAGAGAACACAAAGUCAAUAGCCACAGUAUAUAAAUUCCAUUGUGGGUCAUUAUGAUUACCAUUGUUUAGAGGUUCACUGUAUUGUCCAGCAGCCAUCUCUUAUGUUCUUCAGUAGCAAAAACCCAGCAACAGCUUGACAACCACAACGUCCCUUGUCUGCACUCUGCACUGCAAACCCAGAAGCCACGAACUCCAAAAGCUUGCUAACUCCAGAAACUUCAAUGCACCAACACAGAACCAGAAACAAACGAGAAGAACAAGUCUUCUAUGUUAUACUACUCUUAGCUUACAGAAUGGGACUGAACUCAAUGCUAAAAACGUGUAGUUAACACAGGGACUUAAUCUGCUAUAUAUAUAGGGGCCAAUAUCAAUCUUGUGCUCAUCCCAUAAGGAGUCCAAGAUUUCCUAAAGAUUUCAUCUGCAGAUACUUGAUGUUUAUCAUGUAUAUAUCCUUAAUGUUAAUCAGGUUCAUUAACAGAUAA